AUGGCAAGUGCGGGCUGCGCCAUGGCUUCGGCUUCGCCACAACCCAGCGAACAGGACCUGCAACAGCUUACUGACACGGAUGUGGAAUUGAGCGACUACCCCGACGACCUGUCCGAAUGGUCACGGGCACGAGGUGACGUGCACGCCAAAGAGCAGAAUAUAUUGGCGCAUAGCGAGCAUGAUGGCAUACAAGUAGAGGAACACCUGCAAGCGGAGCAAGAGGCACGGGUGGAAAUUCAUGCACAGGUAGAUCAAGAAGCACAGCCAGAGCUGGACGUACCAAUGGAUCAACCCGUGCAGGCGGACUCGGCCAUAAUACAAAAUUCAGAUCAAGUGGAAGACACGCGGGUUGGAAAACUCAUGGGUUCAUGCGCGCAGGCAUCAGCACAUUUGACCGAGUCUGUUCCUGGACCCGUGCACGACGACACAAGAUUACAACCCCAAGGUCUUCCGUCACCUCCAGGAAGCCAAACAUCAGGAAACGAGGCUCUACCGCCGCAACUACCCCUUCCGACCACGCCAUCUCCUGCAGCGGCUUCAGAUUUUCACUCCUUAACCUCGCCCACCUCGCCCAACGAUAGCCUCAAUAAGCCUCGAUCAAUCCGAAAGAGAACCACGCCCAAGCGAGGUGUCAAGAAGCCAAGGCAGACGGGCAGGUCGACCCAUCUGGUUCCUGCUACCUCCGCAGCCACGAUGUCACUUCGAAGGAGCACGCGAGCGACUCGAGCCAGUUUCAUCGGCAUGGAAUCUCCCGGCUCCUCCCGUGAGCCUUCUCCUGCACCAGAUCCAACGCAAAAAUCCAAGAUUGUGAUUUUCAACCUGCCCACCGAUGCUUUGAAGCAGAUCCAGCAACGACCCCGACCCAAUAAACGACAGCGUGAACCCCCGGACCUCAUCUCAUCGCCGAAGAAGAAGAGCCGGCAGGAAGACAACUCUGACCAAGAGACGCGAGGACUGACUGCUCAAGCUCCGGAUGCCCAAGUCCAAGCGGAGCAGGAUCAGACUACGGUCGAUCUUCCACAAUCUCAAGCAUUACUGCCGCCUCAGCCAGUCGCAGUCCUGCCAGAGCCUUCGGUUUCGGAUGAAGCUGGAGAAUCUAUUGAUUUAUGGUCAGUCGGAAAGCAAUUGAUGGCGUACGCCCACCCGUCCGGUAUACUACAGAAAUCGAAGCCACAGCCUAGAGGUCGACCUCCGGCAUUCGCUAACGAGCGUUACGAGCUAGUCGAAUCCAUAGUCAACUGCAAGAUCUACCAGAGCGGUUGCUAUACCAAAGAUAAGCUCGCAUACGCCUAUCUGUACUCUGGCCACCCCGCAAAACGUGACUUCGCGGACUCUAAAGUCAUUGUCGCACGGGCAUCUGGCGGCAUGGAAACCAACGGUAUGACCAAGGAACGACACGUGGCGAAAGACCAAGAUGGGAACGCCUCCAAAACACUAGCCCUGAAAAACACCAUGAAGGCUUACAAUCCAGUUGUCUUAAUCACGAAGAACGACAACCCCCUGAUGCCCUCCCAGAUGCAACAUAAGUACUCCGUGCUUGGCCACUACAAGCCGACGAACAUCUGGACGGAGGAGCAGAAUGGUAAGAAAGUCGUGCGGUACCGCUUUGAACGAUUAGAUCCGCGAGACGAGCUGGCGUGGUUUCAACCGAAAGGUAUGGAGGAGAUUUGUCCGCCCGGGUCACUGGAGCCACCCAUCGUCCGAUCGUGCCUUACGUGUCGAAAAUCCUGUCCACAAGUUUACCUGCAGGGAUGGGCCUGUCUUAACGGAGACUGUCGCGCGUUUUGGAAGUUUACAUCGUCUUCCGGGGAACUUACAAAGCUGAAUGAUGAAGGCCUCGUGUAUGACCCACGCUUUCUUAAGCAGAAGACGAAAUGGCCUGGAGAGCAUCUGCAGCCAUCUUUGGGGUAUAGACCUCUAGAAGUGUUCGAUGAUACCAGGGCUGAAGAUCUCUAUACGAGAGCAGCAUGGAAUGGUAUGAUUUGUCCUCGAUGCAACGGUUGCAUCCUGCGGUUGUCUUUCCUCGGGUGGGACUGCAAAACCCCAGAAUGCGGAUUCCAAUUCCAUCCUCCGCGGAUGGCCCUACCAGCCACAGCGAUCACUGACCCGGGUGCCGCUUUUACUCUUACAGAUGGCUACACACCGAGCCGAGACCUCGUUAUGGCGAAGGAGAUUCGCCGUCGUAAGCCGCAUUAUGCGAACAAUAAUCGCACGGACGUGUACGACCUUCCUAUACCCAGAUGCUACAUCGCACAUAAGAUCGCAAAUAAAACCAUCAACGAAGCGCCAGGCGGACCGAACGACAUCUUCAAAGAGCUGCAACUUGUUGACAUUGGAUUGCGGCGACGCAAGAUGACUCCAGAAGGACAGAAAGAUCCUUCGUACUGUCGCCAUAUGAACCAGAACUUCGGCGUGAACUACAAGUUCACCGGCACAGGUAUUGAGAACUCUCGGUCUUUCGAAGAGGCAGAGACUCCCGCGAUACGUAAAGUUCGUACCCAGUUGAACUGGGAUUCCGUAGAUAUACAGGCUCGGUAUGACGACAAGCCUUUCGAGGAGGUAGCCGCAGCUUGGAAGCCGGUGGAGUUCAAUGAGGAGUUGGUCUUAUCGUACUUCGAAGAUCAAGGCAUCGGGUUUCACGACGAUGGUGAAAAGGGUGUUGGUCCAGUCAUCGGGACUCUUAGCAUCGGAGAUACUGGCAAGAUGCAGGUCCGAAUGAAGGGGACGCGCUACUUCGGUGUGAGUCGUAGUGGGAGUUACGACCACGAGUACCCUCCCAUCCCUGGUUGCCUGAAGUACAAGGAAAGGCAUGCCCGCCACGAUCAAAUUCUGCGCGAUGCUCCCAAGAAAUUCAAGGACAAGUAUUGGAAGCAGAUCGCCCAAGAUCUAGGACUCAGGCGAGGACAGAAUCAGCAACCACCCAAUGCCCUUGAAAUGGUCCUCCGUAACGGCGACAAGGUCUUUAUGGUAGGCCACCCGCUACAGGACUACUACGAGCACUCCGUGACGCAUCAGGGUAAAAUACGCUUCGCUCUCACGUGUAGGUACAUCGACCCCGAAUUCGGUAAACCUAACUUCGAGGUUAGACCAGACAUGGGUCACUACGAUGGCUCAGCGUUGCCACUUCCUCGCGACGCCGCCGGUAAUGUUAUCCCGAACGAUGGGAAGUUCGAAAUUGACGAUCGAGAUGAUGAAGUGGAAGAGAAGGAGGAUGCGCCUUGGGCUGAGGCAGACGUCGAGGGCGGCGGUGAAGACAAGGAAACGGGCCUAAUGCGCCAUGCAGCGACGUGCCAGACAAAUACCUCAGUCCCGAGCGAGCCACCUGGACAAGUCGACGGCAUUGCUGGGUGA